ACGCCUACGCACUCCUCCUUUGGCACUCGACACUCUGGCCCUGCUGUCCACCACUCGCCGUCGUCUGGCUGUCGCUGCCCGUCGCUGACAAGCAUACUCAAAUACCUCCAGGUGAGUUCAACUUCCCUAUAUCCUUCUCCCCUCUUCUCCCUCCCCCCUCUCCUCCCUUUCUGCCCUACCAAAGCCAGUUCCCCUCUCUAUACCCAAAAUCCCCAAACCUUCGUACUAGGAGGAGACCCUAGGCUGGGGUCUUCACACACGGAAAGAUGUCCAUUGUAUUUGUAUUGGAACCACUUUGAGCUUCUUUCUUGUAUACUAUCUAUAUCUCACUCACUCCCCACUCUUUUGUGUUCUCGCACGGCCUGCCUGCCCUGGUCUCACCUCGUCUCACCUCGUCUCGUCUCGUCUCGUUCUCGGUAUCCCACCUCCUCCAUUAGCCAUGGCUAAGAUGUAUACCAGAGACCAUAUCCCGCGGAAGACAGUCGUGAGGAUGGACCCUGACUGCGCCAUCUGCCACGCACCGGCCACUAUGGCCUGUGAUUACGUACUGACCGGUGGUGGCUUCUUCGCGAACAGCGCUUGGGUUAGGGCACAUGCGCAGGACUACAUCCUCGAAUACUUCCGCCUCCUCACAGAGCGUCGAAAGGCUGCUCACAUGGCGCACCUUGACCGCAUAUCCGCCCAUGCGUAUCACUAUUACCAUUCCCCACCGCAUCCCAACGAGAUUGCCGCCGCUCAGGCCACGCUGAAGCGUGGUAUCGAUGAAGACUGGCAGUGCAGCGUACAACGGUACCCCGAGGUGCUGGAAUAUUUCUACAGCUUGGUCGAGUUGACAUUACCGUCCGAUGAUGAGGCGGCUGAAAGCGUCCCGCAGAUCGGGCGGUAUCGGCGCGCCCCCCAACCUAUCCGCCGGAAGCCUUCAAGAACGGGAGCCCCCCUUGCCACGGAGGUCACCAGCACCAAUAGAAGCCCGAGCAGACAGGAGAACGCCGGCCCCAAUAGAAGCCCGAGGAGACAGAGACAGGAGAACGCCGGCUCCGAGGGAAAGAAGGGCAUCCCACAGGCCGCCUCCCCCAACAUCGUAUUAUCCAGCUCCAUGGGGCCCCUGAUUACGUUUUUAACAUGUUGA